AUGAUCUGCAAACCAGUGAUUAAUAUAAUUAGCUUGUUAGACAUGUUGGAUUUACACAGAAUACCUCUCAAAGGAACUCAUUUUGUAUCUAACGGAGAAUUUCCCUUAGCAUAUGGUAUUAGCGACCAAUCAUCACCCGUGGAUCAGGUAGUAGAUUUGCUUAGAGUCAAAGCAGAGCAAGGAUUUUUCAACUCAGUAUUGAAGCAGCAUGGAGCAAUCAUUCUUAGACUCGGAAACUCGGAUCCGGAUGUUAUUUCAAAAUAUGUUAGCAGUAUUGGAGUUGGAUGUGGAGACUCUAUCUUCCAUAGUUUAGGCUACGAUGAGGAAAGAACAAAGGUUACUGACGCUCUCAGGAAAAGAGAAGAAGGUGUCAACAAUACGAAAAUACUUCAGCGGAAUGAAUGUUCACGUUUCGUUAAAUAUCCUACCAAAAUUUUCUUGGCAUGUACAAAAGCUAAUGCUGAAGGCGGCGAGAUAUCCUUAGCUCAUGGGCAUGAGAUAUUUCAGAGAUUGCAGAAAAAGGCGCCAAUUCUCGUGACCGAGCUCUCCAAAAGAGGUCUGUACCUAGAACAGACUUGGAAUAAUGAAGGCCCUAGUCACAUGGUAUGGAGCAGUAAGGAGUGUUUUGGUAAAUAUAUUAAAGAUGAUGACAGUAUGGAUGAAAGAAAACGAAAGGCUGAGAAGUUGGUAAUUGAAUACAUAAGCCCGUAUUUCCGUUGGGACAAGAAUACAAACUUAAUUGUUGAAGAGCAUUUGAAGCCGCUAAGAGUGUAUGAAAAUGAAAAUAAAAUCUAUGGAGUUUGGUUCAACGAUGUUUGUGCUAUCUGUGGUGGGGAAGAAGGAGAAGCUUUUGGUAGAGUGUCAAAAGUUGCCUAUGAUGAUGAUAAGAGUCCAAUCAGUGAAUAUAAUUUAGACGCUAUUUUACACUGCUCACUCGAGAGUGAGUACAAUUGUCAGUUGCAAGAAGGAGAUAUAUUGAUGGUGGAUAAUCGUCAAGUUAGUUAUGGCCGGAACUCCUGGAAGAAUGGAGAAAGAGAGAUCUUAAUGAGUUCUUGGGAUACCCCCGGCAAACCUCAAUUCAAUGAAUGGGUAAAGCCGGAUAACUAUAUCGGCACGAGAGAUGCGCCGAUCGAUCAGUGCUAG